AUGGGCCGACUACAUAUCUCCAAGUCGACCGCGGUUUGCCGUUUUCCCCCCCUCAGCUGUUGCUCCCAAUCCGCCAAGCCUUAUGAAUGUUGUCAUGUGCAACAUGCGGCCCACCUGGUUCUGUAUCGUUGUCGUUCUGGCUGGAGAAUCGCCGAUCGAAGCAGCCUCACCAUCGUUUGUUGCUCCUGGAGCAAACUGGGUGUUUAUGCAGGACUCUUAGUCCCGAGUCCAGACAACACUCUGAACACGCAGAUGACAGACCUUCGCACACGAAGUGUCGUCUUAGGCCGAGGGGGCGAGCUCCAAGUCACAACAUCAAAAAUUAAGCAAGUCUCCAUGCUAAUCAAUCACGAUUUUUUGAUUUUUUAUAGCUUGGUCCUGAUAAACCCCCGCCUGCAUCAUGGCAGAGCAAAACCAUUGUCGACUAGUCCGGACCUCAACGUCAUGAGUAUGUGUAUACAAGAGCCGUUGACAAAGGUCUCAGUCCAAUGUUUUACCGAAUACUCUUGAGAAGUCUUCCCCGACCGCGCGCAAGCUGCUUUCAAUUCAAUUAAGUUUGAU